CGCAGUCGGAAUUCAUCCAUUUCUUCAAGUCUAGCACGCCUAUCCAUGCCUCAAAUAACUGCUUCACAGCAAUCCCAACUGCAAUACCCAGAGCCUCAGAUUUUCGCCUUUCCAGAACAGUUCUCAUAUGAACCCCAACACGACCGCAUUCGCUCGCCAACAACGCCUCUGCCAGACCGUCACAACCCCAGCUCCCCAUCCCAGAGACGUGGGUCAGACAUUACACGAAAUCCCAUAUUAGAUACAUGGCACGAGGAUGCAUACAUGAAGAAAGAGGCCGGAAAGGAAAAGAUAGUGGAUGUAGCUAAGAAGCAAGACAGCUGGCGAUGCGAGUACUGUGGAAGCCUGAAUGAGAGGGGCAUCACAAAAGACGAUUACAAGGCCGACAAGAGAAAGAAUAGCCACGAUGUUGGACCUCCACACACCUCGAGCAAUCCCAUUAAAAUCCCAGGCUCCGAUCCACCUGGCGUUGCGCCUGGCGACCUAGUCAAAUGCACGUAUUGCAGCGAAAAAAUGUUUGUUGAGCUUUCGCGCUACGAUCCGAGAGAAUUGGCCGAAGACGGAGUGCGCUGGAGUGUCGUCGAGGACCCGCGAGAGAAGAAGGUACUGACGAAGGAGGUUAUGAGAGGAACGGCACAGAAGAGGGUUCGUGAACGGUGGAAGAAAGAUGCGCAGAGGAGCAGGGAGGAGUUGAGGAGGAGGAGAAGUAUAGGAGAGACAGAAGGAGUAAGGGUUGAAGUAGGGGAUACCUGGGGAGGGAUAGCAAUAGACGAAGAGGAGGAUGGGGGAGUGAUACUAGAAGAGGCAGAAGAUGAUACAGGGGGUGUAAUAAUAGGAGAGGGAGAAGCAGAGGGGUUAAGCACAGAAGAAGAAGAGGAAGAAGAAGAGACGGGGGGAGUAAGAAUACCUCAGUAUACACACAUGCAUACACGGAAGAGGUAG